ACUGGGCCGACAUAACUUAAGGGAGGCAUUCGAGACUCAGAAGACCAGGAGGGAACCCAACGCACGAAUUGCGACCACAAGGAAUGCAGCCGCUGUGUCUGUUGGACCCUAUGCCCGUUCGUAAGGUUCUUGCUGCUGGCAUGACAGUUACAGGGGGAGAAGAUGAUGUCAACAGAAUGAACGAGAGAGAAAGAGGGAAGAGACAAAUAGACAUAGAGGAAGACGGGACAUUCGGGACUUGGGCGACCAAGGAGACCAUGGUUACCGAGCAUGUGACUCAGGGAACCGUCUCACAAGCUGCAGUCCAUGCAAGCUCACAAGUUGUUGGGAGUGUUCUGCACUUUGCGUUCAUCGUUUUUGCCUGUUUCAUAGCGUUUCUUUGCCGCUCUGACGCCGACUUCGAUCUCUGUUGCGAGUUGGCAACAUUCUCAGAGGGUUCCCACAUCGUCUUUUUUUCGCGGUUGGCGACUUUCAUCAUGUCGCAGGACCGGGGAAAGGAUCCGGUAGACUCGCUCACGACCGCCCGACAAGGUCAUAACACGAAGACGUUUGACUCGCCGUUCAAGGUCGACCCAACAGUCGACGGCAAGCGGGACGACCCGGUGUGGCAUUUCGUAGCCAGAGGGCAUUAUUUGGAUGGGUCGACCGCGGCGGGCAGGAAGAGCGGUCGUCGAUGCCUGUGUAGGUUGUGCGGGCAUUCAAUUUGUGGGGGCGCUAAAGCCGCCAAGGAGCACUUCUCGAAGAGCGAGAAGUUCCGAUGUGAGGCAGCCACUCCUGCUAUGUGGAAUGCGAUCUGGUCGAAGGACAUGACAAAAUGUCCAAAGGAGUUCGCGUCGGCCAUAGAAACGUUGCAGAGCCACUUGCCAGCCCCGCCGUCUGUGCCGCUGGCUGGGACACGAGGUGCUCGCGAUGUGGGAGUUGGUCGUUCCACGCCAGCCAAUGAGCCCCUGCCUCUGAGGGAUGGUGUGGGCUCUGCGACAUUUGACGAGGAGAGCACACGUGCAUUUAUUGAGAGUUGCAGGUGGGGGGGGAGUGCCGGCAGUUCAGCGCCCGCGCUCGCCCCUGUUUUCAGGAGUGGUAGGCAAUCAGAUGCCGCACGGGGUGGUACUGCGGUGGCACGUGGCGCAUCACCCCGCAGUUCGUCGGAGUACCCCUGGCUGCCACCGCCACCGUCGAGAGCGGCGCAGCGUCCAGUGGUCCACCGCGCUCACGGAACCGCCCACCCGGAUCUGUCAUUGCAUGUAGUCCCCGCUCCGGUGUCCGAUUCAUCGCCGACCCUUGUUCCGACAACCACGGGCGGUGGUCGGUCUGCCCCACAGCCUCCACCCGUGUUGACCAGAACGUUAGACCCUUUGCAGCGCAUUCGUGACCUUGCAGUCGCCCAGAGCGCGGCACCUGUGAGCCCUGGCGGGUUGUUGGAUGCUGGGGUCCUCGGCGGGAGAGCUACGACGGGACGAUGUCGGGGCACUUACAGGCAGCAAGCCGUCACGUCAUAUUAUUCGGAACCUUUGGAGCGCGCAUGGCAUCUGCAAAUCAUGCGGUUCAUCGUCGAGAGCGGGAUGCCGUUCAACAGCACGAAGCUUGAAAGUUUCAAACGCAUGUUCACGAUGAUAAUCCCGUCGGGGGUUCCAGGGGCGCCCGCGCCUACAUUUCCCUCGUACCACAUGCUGCGCACGACCCUUUUGGACGAGCUGGAUGGUGAGGUCCACAAGUUGGAGGUUCCCCGGGCUGAGAAGCUUGUGCGGUGCCAGUGGAACCUCAGGCUACUCGAUCGACCUUUGUUGUGCGACGAUGGUGUUGGAGAGAGGCCCGGCGUCUUCGGGAAAUGGGUGCAUUAUUGGCAGGCCGUGGAGGACGAGGCAGCCGUGGACCAGCUGCUCGUCAGAGGCACCGGUGUGCUGGCGAAGGUGACCGAGGAGGAUUUGAGUCUCGCCAAAGAGAGGAUACAUGCCAUUUCCCACAUGGGAGCCGAGCGUCGGGUGGCGGAGUCGGACAGGAGGCGAUGCAGGGUCGGUGGUCGGGGACGUGGCGGCCGUGGACGAGCAGGUGUCGGAGGACGUACACGUGGCGAUGCGGGUUCCGCUCCUCAGACUCGGCGACAACGGACGGAUAGUGGCAUUCGCAGGGCCCGCAUGCGUUGGGACGAGGGUGACUUCUUGUUCGACAGCACAUCCAGCGACGACGACGAUUUCUUUGCGUCGGGAACACAUGCAUCCACGGGCGAUGAUAGAGGUGACGCUGACGACAGAGGCGAUGACAGAGACGACAGUGACGACAGAGGGUUCAGGAUCACUCAUCCCCGGUCGCCAGCGCCGGUUGUUGGCACUGAGGAGGAGACAGAGUUCGGAGGACCCGGUCCACUCCGCCAGGCGCAGACUCGGUGCACUCCAGCAGGCGCCCCAGUCCACUCCACAGGAGCGGGUUUGGAGGACGGCGGGGCACGACGUGAGCCGCCUCCUCACACGAGUGACGGCGGUCUAGAGGAGGGAGAGGUUGCACCCACUCCCACUUGUGGAAAGGACGGGGAGGACGAACGUCCUCCGAUGGACCACCACGUCGGCCUCGACUGCCCGCCCGACAGUCUUCCGCCCACCGACGAGCUAUUCACUAUGGAUUCCGCCUUGGCAUCUCUGCCCGAUGUAUCGCUACUCAUAUCUCCCACUUUGCCGGUUGUGGCACCACCGGAGCCUGCUAGACGAGAUGACGCGUGUCGUGACAGAGGGUUCGACGAGUUCGGCGGCGACACGAUACUGCAUCCUCCAGAGUCCGGCACUCCUGCCAUUUUUCAUGUCGGUGCACCGUGGGCGAUGGAGCAGGGGUUGGCAGAGGAGGCAGCACGGAACCGUCGUAGUGGACCGCAUGUCGCAGCUCAACGUAGUCUGGAAGGUUCACUAGAGGCAGCGCCUGGAGAUUUUUUGGCGCAGGGGGGUUAUGGUUCGCAGCUGUUAUCGGACGGCGUGUCAUCAGUCCAUCCACCAGAGGAGGGCCCGCAGCGAGAGCCACAUCGAGGCCGAGCGGAGACUUUAGAGGCGAGGCCUCUCGGAGUUAUCCGCUCGGACGGAGGCGAGGGCAUGAGCGAGGAUACAGCGCAGCCAGGGAGCGCAGACGGUGGACGGUCCUUCAGGGGGGGGCAUCGAGCGCAGAGGGUCAUCGACCGCUCACCCCAGCAUUGUCAGGCCCAACACACAUGACGUUGGAGACGGGCACAUAGAUGAGCCUCGACCACAUUUGACG